CUUUAUGGUUAAACAACUCACAUGAUAUUAAAUAAAAACUAUGGAUACAUCAUUAACAGUAAUAUUUUCCAUAGAUACACAAAUUAUUUUGCCUUUUAAAUUUACGCCGAAUCGGAUAAUAAGAUAAAAGGUAUAGAUGGAGGUCCCAGGAAAACUAGGCAUUGAUGUCACAAAAUUAGUAUGUCUCCCGUGUGACAUUGAUGGUUUGCAGGAACCUGCUUAUGGCUUCUGCCAAGACUGUCAAGAGCAUCUAUGUGAAACAUGCUACAAACAUCAAAGACGCGCACGUCCAUUCAAAAACCAUGCUCUCAUUGACAAAGACUCUAUGCCAAUGUCCCUGAUAAUGUUACCUAAUAUAUCUGACAAUAGAGCGAAUCUUUGCGAGAAGCAUCAAGAUAAACCGCCAGAAUUUUAUUGCAACGAUCACAAAUCGGUGAUGUGCUAUGUCUGUGCUACACUAGAACACAAACAAUGUAAUGUGGACUAUAUACCUGAUGUUUCGGAAAACAUGUCUGUGGAGUUGAAUGGUAUAUUACAACAAAUGGAAUCGUUGGUUAUUAAAUGUAUAUCCAACACAGAAAAUAUUAAUAAAGCUACGCAAAAUCUAGACCAGAGUCAUGCAAAAGUGGUUGAAGAUAUCAAAGUAUUGAGGAAAGAGAGAAAUGAAUGUUUGGAUAGGAUGGAAACAAAAAUAUUGGAGGAAGCUGAUAUAGUUGUCAAGAAUGCAAAAUAUAAACAGGAAACCGUUAAAGCUACUUCCUUAGAGAUUAUGGAGGAACUCCAAUGUUCAUAUUCGUCGUUAAAUACAUUAAAAGAAGAAAACAAGCAAAAUACGCUUUUUAUUGAGAUGAAAAAUGCCACAAAACGUCUGCAAAUACUGACAGAUAAGGAAAAGCAAGUAAUAGAAGCAAAUACAGCAGACGAUUGUAUCCAAUUUACACGGAACCCAAGCCUAAUAGACGGUCUUAAGACUCUGAAUAACUAUGGAAUAUUGUCAACAAGAGUACAUCCGUCCUCUGAUAGAGCAUUAGAUUUACAAUAUUCGCAUACAGUAAAUGUGAAAUCUGCAUCCGAUAAAAAAGAGUGUAACAUCACAGGUAUGGUUAUGAUUGCUCCAAAGAAACUGAUUGUUGCUGAUUAUAAUAACAACAGCAUAAAACUGAUUGACGUUGAGAAUGGUUCAAUAAUAAUAGAAGCAAGGAUGCCUUCCAAAACGUAUGAAGCUAUUAAACUUUUAGGAAAUACGCUUGCUGUGACUUCGGUGGAGGAAAAGUGUAUUCAGAUAUUGUCUUAUAAUGACACCGGACUUUCAUUACAACGACAUAUAACUGUCAGCGAAGCAUGCAAUGGGUUAGCUUAUUGUCAAAAUAAGUUUGUUUUUUCCAGCUGGAAAGUAGGGAAACUAAGCAUUCUUAACUUAGAUGGAGAUGUUCUUAAUGUGUUUGGUUCUCCUAGUCUAUUUCAUGGGCCCCUCAGAGUGAUAUCCAGUAAUGACGAGAAGUUCCUUUAUGUAUCAGAUGCAAUGAACGGCCAAAAUCACAAGGUUAUGAAAAUUGACUUUGAAGGAAAUGUUAAGAACGUUUUUGAAGAACCAGGAUAUGAAUAUCCUUACGGUCUGCAACAAUUAGAAGAUGACACGACAUUAGUGACUUACAGAGGCAGUGAUACUGUCCUUAGAUUGUCGAGCAGUUUAAAAAGGUGUGAGAUUGUUGGACUAGAUAAAUUAAAUAUUUAUCAACCGAAAGCUUUAACAUACUGUGACAGAGAACAUAAAUUGUACGUCAGUUGUUCAACCAAGAAAGGACAACUGAAUGCUGAUAUUGUCAAAGUAUUCAAUCAGAAGUGGAUAUGAACAUUACAAAGAAAAUGAUGGAUAUGAUAAAAGUUUC